CUUCUGUGAAAUCCUUAGAAAUAAUGAAGUCUGCCUUAGUUUUACUGAGCGUCUUGGCCGUCUCACAGGGAAUUAUCAGGAUUCCCCUGAUGAGAGGGAAGUCGGCCAGGCAGGCGCUGGAGGAGCGAGGCCUGUUUGAAGAGUACCGCAGGAAGUUUCCACACAGCCCCGCCGCAAAGUUCCUCCCUCAGAACGAGCAGAGUUCGGUGCCCCUGACCUUUGACCCACGUGGAACAUACUACGGAGAGAUUGGUAUCGGGAGUCCACCGCAGGUUUUUAAGGUCCUCUUUGACACCGGUUCCGCCGACCUGUGGAUUCCCUCCGUGAGCUGCACCAGCUCUGCUUGUGAAACACAUUCAAAGUACAACAGCUCAGCAUCCAGCACCUUUCAGGCCAGCCCCAAUACUUUCCACAUCUCAUAUUACAGUGGGUUUAUAUCUGGCAGUACUGGAUAUGAACUCGUUAAGAUAAGCGACCUCUACGUGGAGCACCAGAUCUUUGGCUUCACUGACACAGAGGCCGGUUUCCUGGAGUUUCAGCCCUGGGAUGGAAUCCUCGGUCUGGCCUUCCCUGGUUUGUCCAACGAGGGAGGCACACCUCUGUUUAACAACUUGUGGAACCAGGGAAAAAUCCCCCAGAACAUGUUCUCCAUGUACCUGAGCAGUUCUGUAGAAGGCAGUGUCUUGGUUCUGGGAGGAUUGGAUUCCACACAUUACACUGGGACCAUGAAUUGGAUCCCCCUGUAUCAAACCUCCAACUUUUGGAACAUCCAAAUACAAAGCAUCACCAUCAACGGGAACACGGUUGCGUGUUCUGGGAGUUGUGUGGCAACGGUGGACUCCGGCACGUCUCUCAUCAUCGGUCCGGACAGAGAUAUUAACAACAUCAAUGGUUGGUUGGGAGCCAGCUCAGAUGCGGAUGGUGUUGCUUCAGUGAGCUGCAGUAUCACAAACCUCUUGCCGGACGUUGUGUUCAACAUCAACGGCUACAGCUUUGCUCUUCCUCCAUCUGCCUACAUCAUGCAGUCUGGGUCUGGCUGCACAACAGGGUUUGCAUCCGGCUCCUGGAUCCUGGGGGAGGUCUUCAUGCGCCAGUUCUACACUGCCUUUGAUGUCGGCCAAAAUAGGGUGGGCUUUGCUCAGGCUGUCUGAAUACAUGUGAAGGGGGCCACUUUGAAGUAAUUCACUUCAUUUGUAUAGCCAUGAUUCAAACACUGUCAAUGAAUUUAAUAAAAUUACCUUAAAGUCAGCCUUUGUCUU